GUGACAACACGGAAGUGUCCGAGUCACACGGGACCUGGACCCACAGACACAAAGCUGUACUUUUUCAUGCUCUUGCUUUUUUGUCCAUCGAUUGGAGCGACUCAGACUGACAGAAAACAGGUUUACAGAGGAGCUUAGUUUUAGUUCAGACAGCCAUGGGCUCCUUGUUUCGCAGUGAGGAGGUCUGUCUGGUGCAGCUCUUCCUUCAGUCCGGCUCGGCCUACAGUUGUGUCAGUGAGCUUGGGGAGCUGGGCCUGGUUGAGUUCAGAGAUUUAAAUCCCAACGUGAACGCCUUUCAGAGGAAGUUUGUCAGCGAGGUCAGACGAUGUGAGGAACUCGAGAAGACUUUUACCUUCCUGGAGAACGAGAUCAUUCGCUCCCGGUCGCCGCCUUUCAGGGGUCCACUUCCUCCUCCAUGUCCCUCACCUUUGGCCCCUCAGCCCCGUGAACUUAUCACGAUAGAGGAGGAGAGCGAGAGGCUGACCAGAGAGCUCAGAGAGGUGUCCAGGAACAGAGACAGACUCCGGAAUCAACUGAACCAGCUCUGUCAGUACAGAGCAGUUUUGACCAAAACGCAUGCUCUCACCACCUCACAGGCACAGCCACCUGCACUCGAGGGCCAUGGCCUCUUUGAUAAUCGGCAAGAUAUGCGCCUCAGUUUCAUUGCUGGAGUGGUUCAUCCCUGGAAGGUGCCUUCGUUUGAACGGCUGCUGUGGCGAGCGUGUCGUGGCUACAUCAUUGUAGAGUUCCGAGAGAUGGACGAACUGCUGGAGCACCCGGACACGGGAGAAAUGGUCCAAUGGACCGUUUUCCUCAUUUCAUUUUGGGGAGAACAGAUUGGACAGAAAGUGAAGAAGAUAUGCGAUUGCUUUCACUCACAGACGUUUCCGUACCCAGAGAACACGGCAGAGAGGGAGAAGAUCCUCCAGGAACUUCAUAGCCAAAUUGAAGACAUCACCUCGGUGUUAUCACAGACCGAAACCUUCCUGCAGCAGCUGCUGAUGCAAGCGAUGGCCGUGCUGCCACAGUGGAAAGUGUGCGUGCAGAAGUGCAAAGCUGUCCAGUUGGUGUUGAAUCUUUGCAGCCCCUCCGUCACUGAUAAAUGCCUGAUAGCCGAAGCCUGGUGUCCUGUCACCAAGCUGCCCGAACUGCAGAGCGCGUUGAGAGAAGGAGGAAGGAAGAGUGGUAGCGGGGUCGACUCCUUCUAUAACCGCCUGCCUCCUACUGAUCCUCCACCCACGCUGUUCCCCACCAACACUUUUACAUCCGGUUUCCAGAGCAUCGUGGAUGCCUACGGAGUUGCCAGCUACCGUGAAGUCAAUCCAGCUGUGUACACCAUAAUUACAUUCCCCUUUCUGUUUGCUGUGAUGUUUGGGGAUGUUGGUCACGGUUUGUUGAUGACUCUGGCUGCCCUCUGGAUGGUCCUUGAGGAGAAAGACCCCAAAAUGAAAAACAGCACCAAUGAGAUCUGGAGGAUGAUGUUUGGUGGGCGGUACCUGAUCUUGCUGAUGGGCCUGUUUUCCAUCUACACGGGGGCUGUUUACAACGAGUGUUUCAGCAGAGGCCUCAGUGCUUUCAACUCAGGAUGGCGCGUCGCCCCCAUGUUUGAGAAAAACUUAUGGAACUCGUCGGUCCUGCAGAGUAACCAGUUCUUGAUCAUGAACCCUGUUGUUUCGGGUGUUUUCACCAGCCCCUAUCCAUUUGGCAUCGACCCGAUAUGGGGCAUGUCCAUCAACAAGCUGACCUUUCUUAAUUCAUACAAGAUGAAGAUGUCCGUCAUCAUCGGUAUCAUUCACAUGACUUUUGGAGUUUGCUUGUCAUUCUUCAACUACUGGCACUUUGGUAAAAUAAGCAGCAUAUUCCUCAUAUUGAUCCCAGAGCUCAUCUUCAUGGUUUGUCUCUUUGGCUACCUGGUGUUUAUGGUGGUCUAUAAGUGGAUUGUCUACACCCCUGACCAGUUCAACAUCGCUCCCAGUAUACUGAUCCACUUCAUAGAUAUGUUUCUCUUCACAAGCAGUGAUGAAAAUCGGCCCCUCUAUAAGGGACAGAUGGUGGUGCAGAAGAUCUUGGUGGUUUUGGCUUUGCUUUGUGUCCCAGUCCUCCUCCUGGGGAAACCCAUCCAUGAAUACAUCAAACACAAGAGACGUCGAGUGUACUAUCAGGAGGAAGACAGACGCCCCCUGGUGACAGACGAUGGAUCUGUUAACACUCGUGAAGGGGAAGUGGAGAGAGGAACCAGAGAAGAUGAAUCCAAAGAGUUUGAUACUGCAGACGUGGUCAUGCAUCAGGCCAUCCACACCAUCGAAUACUGCUUGGGCUGCAUCUCCAACACUGCUUCUUACCUCCGACUGUGGGCCCUCAGUUUAGCACACGCACAGCUGUCGGAGGUGCUGUGGGUGAUGGUGAUGCGUCUUGCCCUAAAAUGGCAGGGCUACGUAGGUGCUGUGAUCCUUUUUGUCAUCUUUGCCUUCUUUGCCGCGUUGACUGUUGCCAUUCUGCUGAUUAUGGAGGGUCUGUCUGCUUUCCUGCAUGCCCUCCGUCUGCACUGGGUGGAGUUUCAAAAUAAGUUCUACAGUGGAUCAGGUUAUAAACUGAGUCCUUUCUCUUUCUCAGCUCUCACUGACGCUUCUGCUGCUAUAUGACUGCUGAAGUAAAAUGGUUUUGGUAACUUGGAUCGAUCUUACCCAGUACUUCAGAAUAGCCUUGUUUUUUCCAUGUCUUAUUAAUGUCACUCUUCUCUGUAUUCUUGUCAAAUACUUUGGUUUAAUUGCAUAAUAAUGAUGGUACAGACUUCUGAAUGGCAACAAUGUGCAGUUAACUAUGGUUGUAUUUUAUAAAAUGUACAGUGUUUUUCACACCUCCUGGACACCCUUGCUCCUCUUCCAAUUACUUAUGCAUUGUUUCUGUAGUCUUAACUCACAGCAAUAAUUAAUUCGAUAAUGAAAAGGGAAGAACAUCAAGUAGUAAACUUGUAAUAUUGUUUAAGGGAAUGUCAUUGUUCGGGUGGCAUGUAUUUUAAUGAGUCCUUUGGGACUUUAAAAUUAAACUAAGGAAUUAAUUGAAUGAUAUCAUAAACCAAAGAUAAUCUUUCAUUGUCAUGUCUCAGAACCUCAACAUACAAUGCAUAUGGUAGCAAGGUUUUUCCUGGUGCCUUGUUGGGACUGCUUGUUUAUUCAUUGUGUUUUAAUCUAAUCAUACAUGUCGCAUUACAGCAUUGAACAAAACCUGUUCUGGAUAUUUGUUCUUUUUCUGCUAGUUUGCACUGUCAAAAUGAUCAAAUUUGAUCUAUAAUUAAAGAUGAUUUUCUUAUU